ACUUUAAAGUAGAAGAAAAAAGGCGCGAUUUUUAUGAACGGAAUUAAGGUUACGUUUGAAUUAUUGAAAUAAGUAUGGUUAUCCAAAAAGAAUUUGAUUCCAAAGAAAUAAGAACAGUUUUGAAACACAAUAUUCUUAACAACAAAUAUUUUAUAUGUCAUGAUAAAGAAAGAAAACAAAUUCUAGAUUUGAUCGAGAGGACUUUUAAGUUCGGUGAAUCCAAUUCUGCCUUGUUAAUAGGACCUAAGGGGUGUGGAAAAACAACGAUCGUGCUUAAUGUUUUGGAAGAGUUACAGACUAAGCCAUUAUUUCUUAAAGAUUCUAUGGUGGUUAAAUUACAUGGUUUGAUACAUACUGAUGAUAGAUUAGCAUUGAAAAGUAUUACAACUCAAAUGAAUUUAGAUAACGUUGUAGAUGGAAAAGUAUUUGGGACGUUUGCAGAAAAUUUAUCUUUUUUGUUGGCUUGCUUAAGAACUGGAAAUAGUCAUACAUCAAAAAGUGUUAUUUUUAUUUUAGAAGAAUUUGAUUUGUUUUGUCUUCAUCAUAAUCAAACUCUUCUAUAUAAUCUGUUCGACAUUUCUCAAUCUGCUCAAGCUCCAAUUUGUGUAUUAGGAAUUACAUCCCGAAUCGAUGUAAUAGAACUACUAGAAAAGCGUGUGAAAUCCAGAUUUUCACAUAGACAAAUUUUUGUGUUUCCCAAUGUAAGCGAUGCUAAUAAAUCAUUAGACUACUUGUUACAUAAAAUAAAAUACUAUUUAACAGUACCUGAUUAUAAUAAUAAAAUAAGCAAAAAUUCAAAGAAAAGCUGGAAUUCCAGUAUAGAAAAUUUAUUAACUAACAAAAAGUUUCAAAGCAUUGUUCAAAGAUUAGCAGACAUUGAUAUAACUGAAAGAACAUUAAAAAAUAUAUUGAUCAACAUUGUAUUCAAAAUGGAAGACUAUUUAUCUGCUGAAAUGUUUCAAGAAGAGUUAAAAGCCUUAGAACAAGAUGAUAUGCUUUUAUUAUUACAAGAUUUGAAUGUUCUUGAACUGUGUCUGUUGAUAUCCAUGAAACAUCAUUCAGAAAUAUAUGAUGGACAGUCCAUGAAUUAUGAAAUGAUACUUUCAAGAUAUAACAAAUUUGCAAAAAGUAACUCUAGUAUGCAGAACGUACCUCGAUCAGUUGCGAUGAAAGCUUUUGAACACAUUGAGAGUUUAGAAUUGAUUUCUAUGGUAAGCGAUGGAGGAUCUAAGACUCAGAAGGAGUACCGGUUUUUCAAUUUACUUGUAAUGCCAUCCCAAAUUCUUGAAGCAGUAAAAGUAACACCAGGACUACCGACAGAAGUUGUUCAAUGGGCAAAUUCAUCUUUGAUCUGAUCUAAUUUAUGCAAUUAUUGGUUCUGUACAAAAUAGUUAUAUUUUUAUACAAGUAAAUAAAAACUUAAAUAGUA